AUGUUCGUACUCUCAAUUGCUAACUCAAAGUCCAAUUACAAACCCAACGCAUAUAUGCUCACCAAGGUCGGUCGAGAGGUCUUACGCAAGACUCCCCACGAUGUCGUGGUUUUGUCUGCUGUGAGGAGUCCGAUUGCUCGCGCUUUCAAGGGCGGAUUCAAAGACUUAUGGCCGGAAGAGAUUUUGAUGCCGGUCAUGCAAGCAGCCGUACAGAGAGCCAAAAUCCAGCCCGAGGAUGUAAACGAUGUCCUCAUUGGAAACGUACUUGCAGAGCUCGGUUUCGCCAAAACAGGUCGCAUGGCUCUCAAUGCUGCCGGAUUUCCGAAUUCGACUACUUUCCAUACCACUAAUCGACAGUGCUCUAGCAGUUUACAAGCUAUCACGCAUAUCUCUCAUGCUAUCAUGGUUGGACAAAUCGAUGUCGGUAUGGGUGGUGGUGUGGAGAGCAUGACUCGGUGUUAUACUACCCGUGGUAUCCCCGUUGAUGUUUCACCGACAUUGAUAAACUCCCCUAUCAAGGAUGCUAGGGACUGUAUUAUGCCUAUGGGGGUCACAUCUGAAAACGUUGCUGAGCGAUAUGGUAUUCCUCGCCAGGAGCAGGAUGAGUAUGCCGUGGAGAGUCAGCGACGGGCAAGCGAAGCUCAGAAGAGCGGACUAUUUGAGAAGGAGAUCAUUCCGAUUAAUGCCCGCUAUAUCAACGAGGAGACGAAAGAAGAGGGACAGAGACUCAUAGCUCUUGAUGAGGGUAUUCGCCAUGGCGUGACUUAUGAGAAGCUUGCUAAACUCAAGCCUGCGUUCAAGGAGAAUGGUGGAAGUACGGCGGGUAACUCUUCACAAAUCUCAGACGGUGCAUCAUCCGUCAUCCUUGCACGUCGCUCAUGGGCUGAAGAGCGCGGCCUGAAGCCCAUCGGACGAUUCGUCGGCACUCAAGUAGCUGGCAACGCACCAGAUGAAAUGGGCAUUUCACCCGUCUACGCAUUUCCCCGGUUAUACAAAUACACGGGUAUUGAACAGAAGGAUGUCGAUGUCUUUGAAAUCAAUGAAGCGUUUGCUAGUCAGACUAUAUACAUUCUAAGGAAACUCGGUUUGGACCCGGCCAAAGUUAACCCUAGAGGUGGUGCUAUUGCGCUAGGACACCCUGUUGGGGCGACCGGAGGCCGACAGACAGCUACGUUGUUUGCUGAGUUGGAGAGACAGGAUAAGGAGUUGGGUAUUGUGUCUAUGUGUGCAAGUACCGGACUCGGUGUGGCGUCACUAUUCAUUCGAGAGUAA